AUGGGCGAACCCUCACAGGCUGCGCGCCGCUUCCUGCGACCCAGCCUACGAUCUGCAACCCUCAUUCUCCCGAGAACCGGCGAGCGUGUCAAGAAAAGCUUUACUCUUCGUAGAUCUUCGACUGCCUCAAAUGGCUCCUCCGAACCCCUUCUCGGCCCGCACAGCCCGCCAAACAGCCAUCGACAACUUGGACACCUUGAAGCCUUAUUUAAGCACUGCAAGGACCAAGCAAAGAGAGCAUAUACAUAUUCUAGCUCGAGAACAGGACAGAGCAUAUUAAAGUGCUCACUAGCAUACGUUCUAGGAAGUCUGGCAACGUUCGUCCCACCCAUCGCCGCAAUACUUGGCAAGAACGAUGGCAAGCACAUGGUGGCUACGAUCACUGUAUACUUCCAUCCAGCGCGAUCGGCUGGUAGUAUGGCGGAAGCUAUUCUCCUGGCGCUGGUAGCUACUAUCUACGCUGCGUUCGUCUCGUUCACAAGCAUGGCCGUAUCGGUGUUUUUCGGCAGAAAAGACCUCCUCGUCCUUGGGCAUGCAAUAGUCCUCGUUUUGUUCUGCGGCGGCGGGCUAGGCCUCGUGGGCUGGCUCAAACAAAAACUGGGAAACCCACUUGUGAACGUCGCUUGCUCAUUGACAUCUCUGGCUAUCAUCACUGUAUUGACAAAAGAAGGUGCCGUUCAAGCUGCAAAGUUCUCCUACGACAAGGUCUGGCAGGUCUUGAAGAUGGUCAUAAUGGGCUGUGUUGCUGCAUCAACAGUCAGCCUAGUAAUUAGGCCCAUAUCCGCGCGGAACGAAUUUCGAGACAGCUUCAUCAAAGCGACCGACGCUAUGGGCGAAAUGCUUACCAUCAUCACACGAAGCUUUUUGUCCGGGUCCGAGCACGAACUUAAAAACCCCUCGUACAUAACAGCUCGGGACCAAAGCAAGGCGACAUAUAAAAAUCUGGUGAAGAACCUUGGGGAGGCCAAGUACGAACAUUAUAUCCUCGGCACGGAGUCAGAGUAUAAGAUCGAGUCUCGAUUAGUGAAGUGCUUGGAGCAACUACAGCAAAGCAUUGGUGGAUUGCGAAGCUCCGCCGAAACACAGUUUACUUUGUUAGCCCAGUCGGAAGGAGAUCAUGAAACAGGAAUCGACGUACCAUUAAGCAAGACUAACUUUGCAACCUUGUCAGACUUUACUCCCUCCCCUAUUCUCUCACCAAGCCUUAGCCAUUCGGAGCGGCGUAGUAGCAUCCUUGCUUCUAUCGAGGAGCUGCCUGAGGAAUCGGUGGAAGCGUCAGAUGAUGAAACUGGUAGAUUUGACCGUUCGUGGAGGCUUCCACACGGAAUGCAGAAUGAUCUUACCUCCGCUGAUAUGUUUUCAAUUUUCAUAGCUCACCUAGGCCCUCCAAUGAAAUCUCUUGCAUAUACACUUCGCGAAGUUCUCAACGAGCUACCAUUUGGGCCCGGCCCAGAGUAUGUCAUAACCAUCAACGAACAUUUUCGAAGUAGUCUUCUUGAGGCCAACGAAAUGUUCGCCAACGCGAGAAAAGAGGCUCUUGCUUUGGUAUACAAGAACAAACUCCCCUCACAAACAGGCUCGGUUGAGGUUGCAGCUGACUUCGAGGAGGUCGCGGCGAGUUGCGGCUACUUUAGUUCUUCCUUACAAGAUUUCGCUGAAGAUAUGGUGACUUUCUUGGAUAUUCUAGAGGAAUUAAAGCUGAACACAAAGCACUAUCCAAGGCAGCGGUCCUGGAUUUGGCUCAAAUUCUGGCGUAAGUGGAAAGGGCCAACGAAGAAGGGUGAUUCUGAGGAAUCGAGUCUGCUUGAUGAGACUGUCGAACAGGGUCUUUCGCACGAGAUACAUAACCCUAUUGGCCGAGAACGCACGGGUGGUAACGCCGAAAAGCCGACCAGCAAAGAGUCCCUCUCGUAUCGUGUGUGGCGCGCUCUUGGAGUGUUCAGAAGAGAUGAUACGAAGUAUGCAGUUAAGGUCGGCAUUGGUGCCAUUCUAUAUGCUAUGUGGGCUUUCAUACCUGAGACCAGAGAUAUAUAUGGCCACUGGCGUGGUGAAUGGGGUCUGUUAUCAUACAUGCUGGUGUGCUCUAUGACGAUCGGAGCAUCCAAUACCACAGGUUUUCAACGAUUCUUUGGUACCUGCUUGGGCGCUGUCUUCGCCAUUGUCGCAUGGAUCAUAUCAGACGAAAAUCCAUUUAUUCUCAGCUUCUUUGGAUGGCUUGUGUCUCUUCAAUGUUUCUAUAUCAUUGUUGGGAAGGGUAAAGGGCCAAUGGGUCGUUUUAUCCUCCUGACAUAUAAUCUCUCAGCCCUCUACGCUUACUCACUCUCGGUCAAGGAUGGUGAUGACGAUGACGAUGAAGGGGGUAUCUCACCGGAGAUCUGGGAAAUUGUACUCCACAGAGUUGUUGCGGUUAUGUCUGGUUGUAUAUGGGGUAUCAUCGUCACUAGAGUGAUCUGGCCAAUCUCCGCUCGACGCAAGUUAAAGAAGGGAACGUCCCUUCUUUGGCUGAAGAUGGGCUUAAUCUGGAAACGCGCGCCCUUAAGGACGUUGUUAGAGGAUGCCAGUCCUCCUACUUCGUACAUGUCUCCUCGCGAAGAGCUCGAACUUCGACGGUUCUUGGCCCAUCUUGAGACGCUUCGCAACUCGGCUACUUUCGAGUUUGAGUUGCGUGCGCCGUUCCCCGACAAGAACUUUAAGAUCAUGCUAGAGGCAACAGGGAGAAUGUUAGAUAGCUUCCACGCUAUGAAUGUGGUCAUAUUGAAGGACUUAAAGGCAACCGAGGGUGAGAAACAGAGCCUGAAGUAUACGAAGAAGGAGUGGAUGGAAUUGAGCUGGCGAAUCAGCCAUUUGUUUUCAGUCAUGGCAUCGUCCAUGAAGCUAGCAUACCCUCUUAACGACGUAUUACCUAACGUCGAGCACACAAGGGAUAGACUGUUGGCAAGGGUUUUCGAGUUUCGAAGAACGGGGUUGGCAAAGGUUAUCACAUCCGAUGAAGACUAUGAGCUGUUGUAUGCAUACGCGCUCGUAACUGGUCAAUUAGCACAAGACUUGGGCAUCAUUGGGCAAGAAAUUGAAAAACUCUAUGGCAAGCGCCUUGCGGCGUCCGUCGUCGGCUGCGGAAAGCGCAAGAUCUGGCUCGACCCGAACGAAGUCAACGAAAUCUCCAACGCCAACUCCCGCCAGACCAUCCGCAAGCUCGUUGCUGAUGGCCUCAUCAUCCGCAAACCCGUUACAAUGCACUCGCGUGCCCGUGCCCGAGAGCUGACUGCUGCGAGGCGGAUUGGUCGACACCGGGGUUUUGGUAAGAGGAAGGGUACCAAGGAUGCUCGUAUGCCAAGCCAAGUCCUCUGGAUGCGCCGUCUCCGAGUCCUCCGCCGCCUCCUCGUCAAGUACCGUGCCGCCGGCAAGAUCGACAAGCACCUCUACCACGAGCUCUACCAUCUCAGCAAGGGAAACACUUUUAAGCACAAGCGUGCUCUCGUUGAACACAUCCAUAAGGCCAAGGCUGAGAAGCAACGUGAGAGGAUCUUGAAGGAGGAGAUGGAUGCCAAGCGUGCGAAGACCAAGGCAGCAAGGGAGAGGAGGCAGGAGCGCGUGACACAGAAGAGGCUCGCAUUGGCAGGCGAGGAGGAGGAGUAG